AAAGUGCCGAAGUGCAGACUUUGAUCACAUUAUGGAGGAAGGCUAUGAACUUGACCUCACUUACAUCACAGAACGGAUCAUUGCUGUAUCCUUCCCUGCUGACUGUUCUGAGGAAACUUACCUCCACAACCUACAAGAUGUAACACGAAUGCUCAAAUCCAAACAUGGGAAUAAUUACCUGGUACUAAACCUUUCUGAAAAGAGAUAUGACCUUACCAAGCUUAACCCAAAGAUUAUGGAUGUGGGGUGGCCUGAUCUCCAUGCACCACCUCUUGAUAAGGUGUGCACCAUCUGCAAGGCUAUGGAAUCAUGGCUGAACAGCGAUCCUCAGCGUGUGGUGGUGAUCCACUGCAAAGGAGGAAGAGGAAGGAUUGGCGUAGUCAUUUCAUCGUAUAUGCAUUUCACCAGUGUUUCUACAAGUGCUGAUCAGGCUCUAGACAGAUUUGCUAUGAAGAAAUUCUUUGAUGACAAAGUUUCAGCUUUAAUGCAGCCGUCCCAGAAAAGAUAUGUGCAGUUUCUAAGUGGCCUUCUAUCUGGAUCCGUGAAAAUGAAUACAGCUUCACUUUUCCUGCACCAUGUUAUCCUUCAUGGCAUCCCAAGCUUUGAUGCCGGAGGAGCUUGUCGGCCUUUUCUGAAGUUGUACCAAGCUACCCAACCCGUGUAUACAUCUGGAAUAUAUAGUGUAGAGUCAGAAAAUCAAAACCGAAUCUGCAUUGCUAUAGAGCCAGCCCAGCUUUUGAAAGGAGAUGUUAUGCUGAAGUGUUAUCAUAAAAAAUACCGAUCAGCUACUCGUGAUGUGAUUUUUCGCCUUCAGUUUCAUACUGGAGCUAUUCAAGGAUAUGGAUUGGUGUUUGGUAAAGAGGACUUAGACAGUGCCAAUAAAGAUGACCGUUUCCCUGAUAAUGGCAAAGUGGAAUUAGUGUUUUCAGGAACUCCAGAGAAAAUUCAAGGAUGUGAACUCCUCCAGAAUGAUCACGGAGUGGUAGUUGAUCACAAUACCUCAGACCCGCUGAUACGCUGGGACUCUUACGAAAAUAUGAGCUCCGAUGGGGAAGUGCUGCAUACCCAAGGUCCUAUUGAUGGCAGUCUAUAUGCAAAAGUAAGAAAGAAGAGCUCUUCAGACAGCAGUAUCCCUGGUGUUGCUCAAGGUAUUCCUGUGGCCAGCAGUCCUGAGCACAGAGAUCAUACCCUGUCUGUCAGCAGUGAUUCAGGACAUUCAACAGCUUCCAUCAGGACAGACAAAACUGAAGAGCGCCUUAUGCCAGGAGUCAAACGGGUUCUGAGCCCACAGGAGAAGGCAGAACUGGACAAACUACUUAGUGGCUUUGGUUUGGAGGACUCUAUCAUCACUACCAGGAGUGUGACCGAUGCUGGAAGCAAGUACAGUGGGACUCACCACAUAGUACCAGCUCAGGUUCAUGUGAAUGGAGACACCAAACUGAAGGAUAGGGAAACUGAUAUUCUGGAUGAUGAAAUGCCUAACCAUGAUCUUCACAGUGUAGACAGCAUUGGGACUUUGUCUUCUUCAGAAGGGCAGCACUCCACUCAUCUAGGUAACUUGAGUUGCCCCAAGAGCAGUCAGAACUCGCUCCUCUCAGAUGGCUUUGGAAGUAACACAGGGGAAGACCAUCACAAUGCCAUUGCCCCAGACCUGGGAAUUGGUGUGGAUCCCCUCUAUGAAAGAUCAUUUGGUAGCACUGAGCCGAAGUCAUCUCAGCAAUUGCAAAGGAAUCCUUGUGUCUCACCCCAGCCUCAAGCCUAUGACCCAAGUAACUACUCUACUCACACCUGGGUUUGCCAGCAGCAGAUGGUCACUGCUCACCAGUAUGGUUUUGUGUCACAGAAUGAAAUGAGGGCUGGCAUUCAUAAGACUGUGGAGAAUUUAGGCAUCGUCCAAAGUCAGUCCCAGGUCCCAGACAUGCUGACACAUGGCUCCAGCAGUAAGGAUGCUGUUCAGAGAGGACUAAGAAACAUACCAGGUGUUGCUGAAGGUGCAGAACCCGCAGACAGUGAGAGUUUUAAGACAGAGCUAGUGCCUCAGAGGGACACAAAUAGCCAGGAUCUUGGACCAAAUGCGGGGGACUUGCCAGCUUCUCCAACUUUGGAUAUCGAUCAGUCCAUUGAACAACUGAACAGACUGAUCUUGGAAUUAGACCCUACAUUUGAACCUAUCCCAACCCGCAUUAACACUGUCACCAGGGACACAAAUCAAGCAAAUGGCUUCACUAGCCAUAAUACAGAUGUGGAAGAGCUUGUCAUGAGCCCUGACAUCCAUGAGAAAUUAGAGGUCACAAAUAGGAAUGCCUUCCAAAACGGUUCAAAAGAUAAUGAAGCAAUGGUGGGAAGGAACAGAAAGUUAAGUGUUGGACAGUAUGACAAUGAUUUCCCUGGGCAGUCACUUUAUAGCGGGUGUGGAUGGAUGAAGUCUCUUGUUGCUGACCAGGCUGUAAAUCCAGGAUCACUAAUCCCCGUGGGGGAGACCAAAGAGUUGCCUGUGGCGUGCUAUCAAGAUGAAAUAUACGGAGGAAUCUUCUCCCUAGCUGGAAAGAGGAAUGAAGAUGCCCCAUCCACGCCAGCUUUUUCAUUGCCACCAGAGACACCAUAUGUGAGAACACCUCCGCUGUACCAUCAGCAGAUUUCCUCCAGCCAAAAGGUCAUCAGCCCACCUGGGCUGUACAAAACCAGUCCUGAUUAGAUACACAGUCAAAACAAAAUGAAGUCCACACUGAGCCAGGCAUGGAACUUUUUCAUGCAUGUGUUUCUUUGGUUGGAACAUCAGUGCAUCUGCUUCAGUGGAUGCCCUUGGUGCAACAUCUGUCCUCCUGCACACAGGGGUGCAUCUUGGUUUUCGUUUCUGUUUAUUUUCCUUCUUUUCCUUUAUUUUUUUCCUGUUUAUUUUUUUUUAUAUUGAUGUUAUUUACAAACAAUAAAAAUUAAAAGUGCAGACAAGAAACUUGCAUACUGCAAGGUAGAGAGACAA